UGUCUACAGCUUCUGCAGCAGGAGUUUGAUUCCCAGCCGGCCAGGGAGAUACCUGCAUAGCACGGCAGACCUCUCCUGUCUCGCCUGCUGCUCCCCUCAGCCGUGUAUUUCAGUCAGUCUGCCUAUUUUGUUCCCCGCUCUAUCUCUGGUGGAUCCUCUCACCCUCCUGCACCUCUGGCCUGUACCCCAGUUCUUGUAUAAAUAAAUAAAAAAUCUUUAAAAAAAAAAUCAUGCAGUCCUUCCAGGUGUACUUGGAACAAGUAAAUUGGGCAGCAGGGUUGGUGGCAGGGAAGGAGGAUGUGGUCAGGGAAAUGACACAACAGAUGCCAGUGGUUCUGAAGGUCUGAAGGGUGAAGAGUGACAUGGGCUAUGAGAACUGCAACAGCAGAAGUUCAGAGGUAGGACCAAACUGGGGGUGUUUGCAGGGUAGCCAGGAGGCUGGUGUGCUGGGCCUGGGGAGCACAGGGACUGAGCAGGACAGCCAGGGGAAGGGUGACAAGAGCUCUGCGUUGCUCCAUGUGAUCUCUCUGACUUUCCUCUUGGUAGAUUCAUCCCUUCUGGAGGCCAGAUGCCCCAGGAGCACCAGGCUGCCUUCUAGGAGUGUGACCGACCUGUCUCACCUAGUCCGGAUGCUUCCCACACUCCAGUUAGAUGUUAGAAGAGCAUGUCAGGUUGGGGAAGUCCAUGCACGUGCUGGAACAGGCAGCCCUCGGGUGCAAGACGUGCGGAGAAUACAUCUACAAGGGCAAGAAGUUCAAUGCGCGCAAAGAGACUGUGCAGAACGAGGCCUACCUGGGUCUGCCCAUCUUCCGCUUCUACAUUAAGUGCACACGCUGCCUGGCUGAGAUCACUUUCAAGACAGACCCUGAAAACACAGACUACACAAUGGAGCACGGAGCCACACGAAACUUCCAGGCUGAGAAGCUUCUGGAGGAGGAGGAGAAGAGGGUGCAGAAGGAGCGGGAGGAUGAGGAGUUGAACAACCCCAUGAAGGUGCUGGAGAAUCGAACCAAGGACUCCAAGCUAGAGAUGGAGGUUCUGGAGAACCUUCAGGAGCUCAAGGACCUGAACCAGCGGCAGGCCCAUGUGGACUUUGAGGCCAUGCUGCGGCAGCAUCGCCUGUCAGAGGAGGAGCGGCAGAAGCAGGAGCAGGAGGAGGACGAGAGGGAGACAGCGGCCUUGGUGGAAGAAACUAGGAAACGGAGGCUGCUGGAAGACUCUGAUUCAGAGGAGGAUGCUCCUGCUCCUGCCCCACCCCACUCAGUCCUGCGGCCCAACCCCACUGCUAUCCUGGAUGAGACCCCAAAGGCCAAGAGGAAGGUGGAGAGUUGGGAGCGGAGUGUCGGCACCUUUGGCAGCAGGCCCCAACUGUUGGGCCUGGUCGUGGUGAAGAAAACAGCUCUGCAUGGCAACACCCAGCAGAGCCAGGCAGCACCCACCCCAGGCUCCACGAAGAAUGAUAAGGUGGCAGACCCUGUUCCCCAGACACCUGGCACCUCCUCCCUAAGCCAGCUGGGUGCAUAUUCAGACAGUGAAGACAGUAGCGGCAGCAACUGAGCCUCGCCCUCCCCAGGGACUUUGCUUGGGGCAAGGGCCACUUGUGGGGCUCCAGCUGGUGGUUGGGAUUCGAGGCCUGGUACAAUCAGAGCCACCAAGGACAAAUGAGGACUUCAGCCACAGGACUCAGUUUCUCUCCUGUCCCCUCGGGAACCUUGGGGUCCCCGGCUCAUGGUGCCCCUCAUCUGGCAUCAUAUUCAGGGCUGGGACAUCCCUGGAGCAGCUCUGAGCUUGCACAGGCUCGGUCCCCUUCAAGCUUCAGAUGUUGCUGUGUCUUGGGCACGUGGAAGAGCCACCCACCAGGUGGGCCCAGCCUCAACCCUGUGGACCCAGUAGAGGCUCUGCCAGUAUCUGAGGAGGGAGCCACAGAUUUGUGGCCCUCAGGAACUGUCAUAUAUGCCUGUCGUUAGUACGUUUAGUUUGGGGAUGCGUCCUUGCACAGCAGUAAAGAGCUCAUAGUCACAUGACCAAUAAAUCUGACCCCAGCGCUCAUGCUCUCAGGGUUUUCAGAUGUCAGCUCUGUUACAGUUGCGUCGCUUAAUGGUGGGAACUUGUUCUGAGGAACCAGUGGUCGGGCGAUUUCCUUAUGCUGUGGUGCCAUAGAGUAUAAUGACACCUGGACUAGGGGGUCCAGCUAGGUGUGACCUCACGUGCGUCGUCCCUUGUUGCCUACUCGGCAGGUAAGAGAUGUGUGAUUGUGUGAUCCUCUCCAGCUCCGGUAUUUUCUAGUUGAAGGCUUUGUGCCCCUUCCAGACUCCACAACCCGCCCAUCUCUUCUUUCCCGUUGCGCCAGUGAGUGUUGCCAGCCUCAGCCCUUCUCACAUUCACGCGCUUCCGUUUGGCAUUAGAUACCCAGGUUUUGUAUUUUUCACUGUCAGAGUUUAGGAGGUGAAAACCUCUUAUUUUGGGGAUCUGCUUUCUGCGAUGAUUCCUCUACUUGGGUACCACAGAUGAAGAGGCCAACUGGGAACCUGAGAGGGCUUAGACAGAUGUGGGGGGCCUCCCACCCUACUCUUUGACCAAGAGGAGAGGACUUCGGGUCCUGACUUGGCAGCCUGACAACAGUGGGCCCAAGUCAGCUCCUACUGCCAGCUGGUGAGGUUGACACCAUGCGCAUAGCUCUUCCUGAUACAAAUUUGACAUCGGAUUUGUGGCUCAAAACAGGCACAGCAGAAAUAUUUACACCAUGGAAAUUGGCAAACACUACAAGUCAUUCUCCCCUGCCAAAAUGCCAGUUGUUAAACUGUUCACAGCACAGCAUAGCUGAUUUUCACAAACUCAGUAUCAGGCAUUAUGCCUGUAAUAAGGCCCAUUUAGAAACAGUUAAGAUAAAUCAUCGGCUUAAGCUAUGAAAAAAGAUCGAGGAGCUUGGGCCCCUCUGUUCCACUUUGGUUGGUUCUUUCAGAAUGUUUCCUGAUCUUUCCCUGUACUUUUGCCACAUGAUGCACCAUCUGUUGCUUUUACUGACUUAAUGUUAUCCCAACUUCAUUCUAAAACAUGGGUGAGAAAACAGGUCCGUAGGUCAAACCUGCUCCCUAGCCCGUGUUUGUGAAUAAAGUUUUAUUGGCACACCAACAUGCUCACAGCUUCCACUCUACAGUGGCAGAGUUGAGUGGCUAGAAUGGAGACUAUGCCCUGACAGUCAAUGCAUUUAUAGAGGAAGUUUGCUGGCCCCUAUCUAAGAUACCAAAUUCUGCUCCCCACAGGUUCCAGAGGGAAGGUAGUCAAGACAUCUCCCCAGUUUCUGGGCUCACCCUGUCCCUGCAGCUUUGCUGGCUGAGGUCAUGGGAAGGCAGGUGCCAAGCUCUCUUUUCUCCAUGUGACAUGGUGGCUGCAGUAAAGGCAGCAUCCAUUGAAUUUGUAGUAAUGACAGCCGAGCUUUAUGCAGCAGUCACCAUUAGCAAGCUCAUUUACAUUCCCCGGUGCACAUUUAUUAAUCCAUUUGCUCACUGCAAAGAUAUUAAUUAAGCACCUAUUAAAUGCCCAGCACCGCUUUAGCCAUAGCUAUAUCAGUGAAAAAAGACGUGAUUGUUGGGAGAUGGGGUGUGGGUAAGGGAGGAAACAUUAAUAUAAUGGUAAAAUAUAAGCAAAUGAAGCAAAUGAGGUGGGUAAGACAGUCCUGAGGUUGUGUUAAGCAGGCUUGUUGAUACCCUUGACUCCCUGAAUGCUCUGCCUCACGGUCUCAGACUGGGGUCUCAGCUGCAGGCCCAGCUGGGGCAGUAUUCUCUCCCAAGCUCUCUGUCAUGUUAUGGACAGAAUCCUAGGUCAAAGCUGCCCUCAGUUCCUGGUCUACACGGAGCUCCCCAACAGCUGACUUCUAAGGAGAAGCUGCUAGAAAUGGCUUCCUGUCAUCAUUGUCAUGUUCUGCUGGUUGGAAACAAGCCACAUAUUUAAGGGGAGAGAUUACACAUGGGUGUGACCACAGGAGGUUGGGGUUAAUGGGGUCACCUGAGGGUCUACCUGCUAGAUCCCCUUUGGCAGUGAGCUUUGCAAGGGGGGUGUCACAUUGUUAGUGUGUCCACAAUAGCUAAGACUAUCCAGCACUCAGCAGGGCUCCGUGAAUGUUAGUGGCCCUAGUGGGUGUCUCCCCACUACCUACAGCUGAGAUUGCAGCCCAGGGGCCCCCUGGUUCUGCCUGCCCUCCGCCACAGGCCCCCCUCUUCCACUGGAAUGAUCUCUUGAAUUCUUGUUGCCCCAGAGACCUUUAUGCUUUCUUCUCCCUCCCUCCCCCAGUCCUGGAAGGCCCAUUCUCUUGUUGGGGUUCCUAGGGCUGAGGCAGCAGAGGCAGAGUCACACACAUUGGGGUCUUCCAUGUGCUAAUCCUCUGCCACCUCCCCAACAUCGCUGCCUCAGAUUCAACCCCUCC